CAGUUCAAAUUAUCCCAUACAGACCUGAUAGUUGGUUAUGAAGUUUACCUUCGUGGAAUGUUUGUCUGAAGUCUAAGAACUGUCAAUAACAACAACGAGCAUCUUUCCUGUACAAGAAGCAUAGCGUGAAUAAAAACACGAACAAUAUUUAUCGUUGACAAUCGUCUUCAAUAAAAAACGGAACUAAUGUGAUGACAUAUUAAGCAGAACUUUGAACAUUAAGACGACAGUGUCUCCUAAAGAAAAUUGGAUAAUCAAGAGUUUAAAAAACAAAACUCAAUGGCGGAUGAUCAAUAUAGAUGCUUAGUCGUUGAAAACCAUUCCAAUGUUAAAAUCACUGUAAACUAUUACAAAGGUUGGUCUCCUUUUUGCAAGUUUCCGACUUCUUCAAAAACCCUCCAACCAACAGAGAAUCAUCGCUAUCAUCAUAAGGAAUCAUACAAGUUUGAAAUUUUUGCGCAUAUAGACAAUAGAAAUGAAAAGAAGCUUCUUGGACCCAGGAAUUGCAACGAUAUUGAAGUGAUAACUAUAAAUGAAUCAUUAACUUGUCAACGAAAUACUGUAAACGAAAAUGGCAGGCAAACAAUCGGUCGCCACAUAAAUCGAGAAAACGAAUUGCCCUCUGGAGACUUGUAUGAACAACUAGGAUUAAACAUGAAAGAAGUUCGUAAAAUGAAUGUAAAUGACUUAAAAGCGGUCAAAACAGGAUUUCUUAAAAUGAUGCUUAUAUGGCAUCCCGACAAGCCUAAUGGCAAUAAGGAAAUAGCAGAAAAGAUAAUUCACGCAAAGGAAAUUUUGUUAAAUGAUGAAUAUCGAGCUCAAUAUCACAACCACUUUGACUAUCAACAAGGAUGGUUUUCUUUAAAACGGUGGAAAGCAAUUUUUCAUCUGAUGCGGAGUGUAAAGCAACUUAAAGCUUUUUGGAAGCGACUUGGUUUUCUUGUAUUCUCUUCUUUAUUAGCUGUCGGCGGGAUCACCUGUUCUGUUUUAACGGCUGGUCUCGGUGCACCAGUUUUUGUAACAUUAGGAUCAAUAGCUGGUGGAGCGUUAUUCGGCGCCGGCUUACAAUCUUCAGGUGAAUGCCUAAAAGAACGAUCUGUUAUUGAUGGAAUGGAUUCUGAGAAAUGGAUCAAAAAAGCGUUGAUAGGUGGAGCUGCAGGUGUCUUCGUUGGAGGUGCGUCCGCUGGCAUCACAGCAGGAAUAGUAGGCAUUGGAAACGCAGCAUUAUCGUCAAGUGCGGUUUCGAUUGGUAAAUUUAUUGGAAUGGGAGCAGCUAAUGGUGGUAUUGGUGGAGUAAUAAUGUCUUUGAGCUCUAUUCUCUCAAGGAAAUUAGUUGACAAAGAAAACAUUGCUCUAAAGAAGGUCAUAAUUCACGCCCUAUUGGGAGGAUUGAUAGGAGCGACGGCUGGUAUAGCAGCAGGUGCAGUUACUAAACCUUUAGUUGAUAGUGGUUCAUCUGCGGCCGCACCAACGAUUGAAGGUGACUUAAUAGAGCAAGUUUUUUUACGUACGACUGGACAAAAUACAGUUAAACUAUUGCGCCUUGUUGGUAAAAGAGCUGCUAUUUUGGUGUCGAGAGUUGCAAUUGAAAAAUCUUACGACGCUGCUUACGAGCUCGUAGAUAGUUCGGCUAAAAAGCUAGAUCUGACAACACUUGUAAGUGAGAAUGAGAAUCAAGAUAAGGAAUUAUUGGAUCUACUGCAAAACGAAGAAAAUGCAUUUAAUGGGGAGGAUGUUGACGGGUUACAGGAACUAAUGCACGAGUCUUAUCUAACUCAAGGAAACGGUGAGAAUGAUGAUGUAACAAAUGAGAAUGAAUUUGCGCGGAAGGAGUUAAAGGAAAAGGAAAACAAUCAGCGAAGAGAAAGAACAAAACAAUCAUACAAUAAAGUGUUUGAAGAAACUUCAAUUGAUGAGUUACAGGUAGGAGCAAAUGAUUUUUUACUAAGUGAGAACAAUUCAAACGUGAAGUAUGGAGCAUCUGCAAAACCCCUGACACAUAGCUCUCAAACAGAGAGAAAUUUUUCAUCAACAGUAGAAAUCGAUUUCAAUCAAAGUAAUUCAACAUGCACAAAUGAUGAAAAUUUUGCGUCAAAAACACAGCGACGCUCAAUUGCCGAUGAAACAAGCCAAGAACAAUUGACCAAAAAAACCAUUCAGUAUUACUCCGAAGGAUCAUGGAUCUCAAAGAUGAUCGUAACUUAUUAUUUAAACGAAGAAAAAGUCACAGAAGAAGUAAGUGGUAAUGGAGAGAAAGUGAUUAUUUCUGCAAGCGCAACAAAUGUCGAAGUGAGAUUUAAAGUUAUGCGUCCAUUAUGGGGCGAUGUCAUGACGUACGACCGUUUUAACAAGAGCUGGUUAAAACCAUAUACACCUCACAUCUUCCGAUACCAAAAAGCAAAUAAUCGCACAUUUACUCUUAGUGGUAAUCUUCGUUGGGAAGCAGUUAUGGGAGUCAGUAAUGAGUAUGGAGAAACAAAAGAAAUGGGUUUUAUAUCAACUGACGAAAUUUAUUGCCCUCAAAGAAAUUCAAACUGCUCAAAUAAUGAAAAUUUUGCGACAAAGACUAAACAACACUCAAUUCUCGACGAUAUAAGCCAAGAGCAGUUGACCAGAAAAACCAUUAAAUAUUACUCCAAAGGUUCAUGGUUCUCAAAGAUGAUUGUAACCUAUUAUUUAAACAAAAGAAAAGUCACAGAAGAAGUAAGUGGUGAUGGGAAGAGGGUGAAUAUUUCUUCAAGUGCAACAAAUAUCGAGGUGAGAUUUAAAGUUAUGCGUCCAUUAUGGGGCGACGUCAUGAAGUACGACCGUUUUACAAAUACCUGGUCGAAACCGUAUACACCUCAUAUCUUCCGAUACGAGAAAGCCACUGGUCGCACAUUUACUCUUAGUGGUAAUCUUUGGUGGGAGGCAGUUAUGAGAGUAACUGAUGAAUACCAUGAGGAAACAAAUGAAAUGGGUGAAGUAUAGAAAGGUGAAGAACUUUCUAUAAUCAAUUAAUCACUGAAAAUAACAUUUGUUGUGUUUUGAAGUAUAGUACUUGCACCACCUAAAUAAUGUAGUAACUAUAUAUUGUAAUAUGAGUGUAUUCUCCGAUUGUGUCAAGUAUUGUCGAUAGCAAGAAACUUUCUCGAUCUUUAUCAUUUCUAUUGCGUACUGUACUCCAUUGUACUUGGAAUCAUUUAUAAAAGGUAAUGAAAAAGAUACGUGCCUACACCUAGAUAAUCGUAAAGAUAACACAGAAUAUAAAAUAAGAACCAAAAUAGCUCAAAUAGGGUUAGCUGCAAAGUAUUUUAAAAUGGAGAUAUGACUGCUGUAACUAUUGUAACCGUCCUCUACUGAACGAAACUACACUUACACAGUUGAAAUAACCUUGAUUCUUCAAUAAUUCUCAUUAACGUUUUUUGAGUUUUUCAGAUAUCGCCAGCGGAAUUAAUGAUUGGGAAACGUUCUGUUAACAUAGAACAAAUAAGUCAUUGCUGAACUAAAUGAUAAUUGACCUUACCUGAGAUUAAGUGUAACUGUAAAUACAACGUAUAAAUCAUCAUUAUUCAAAUGAUGGAGACAGCAAUGGCUCUCACAUAAUGAUUUUUAAGAAAAUAGUUUUCUAUGGAGAUUUAUCUUAUACCAGUAUGCUUUUGUGUAUAAUGUAAUCAUUAAAUAGUAAUUUUUUAAA